CGACUCGCUCAGGCGCAUGCUGAUUGGCUAGACUCGCCACUGGACGGAUGCAUGCGCGAAAGGCAGCAAACUCCUGUGUGCAGGGAAGAAGCCGCCGCCGCCUCAGCCUCAUUAUCCAAAACGAAUAGAGAAACGUCGAAAAAUACCUCAGGAUCCCUGGAUGCUGUGAUCAAGAAUCAUCUCUGCAUUUUAAGAGGUCACGCCUUACAAUAGAGGACUGUAGUUGACCAUUUUCCUCCCCAGACCAGGGAGCCACAGAGGUCACAUUAGCUCAGAGGAAGACCGAAUCAGCCAUGGGAAAGAAGAACCAGAACCGUGAAGAUGAUGAGGCUGCUUCCUCAGAUGAGGAAGAGUACAUGGUGGAGAAGGUCUUGGACAGGAGAGUUGUGAAGGGCCGUGUAGAAUAUUUCCUCAAGUGGAAAGGCUUUACGGACAAACACAACACGUGGGAACCAGAGAAGAAUCUGGAUUGUCCAGAGCUAAUCUCAGAGUUCAUGAAAACCUAUAAAAAGGGAAGCAGUGGAAGCCCACCCAGCAGCAAGCCCUCCAGCACAGGCUCUUCUUCGGCCCGUCCCAAAGACAGUAGCGGCAGCAGCAGCACAAGCAAGAGGAAAAACUCGGAGGAAGAGAACGGGAGUGGCAGUAAACCCAAAAAGAAAAAGGAGGAUGAGAUUCUUGUAGCAAGAGGAUUUGAGCGAGGCCUGGAGCCUGAGAAGAUUAUUGGAGCAACAGACUCUUGUGGAGACCUUAUGUUCCUUAUGAAGUGGAAGGACUCUGAUGAGGCAGACCUUGUGCUUGCAAAGGAAGCCAAUCACAAGUGCCCACAGAUCGUCAUUGCCUUCUAUGAGGAGCGUCUGACUUGGCACGAAGAUGGCGAUAAGAAGGAAAAGAGUGCCACGGCUGUUUAAAUGGCAUAAGGCGGAGGAAAGACACAGUCCUCCAAACCUUGUGCUCUUUGUCGCACUGGUGACACUCUCAUAGCCAACUUUUAACGGACCAUUUAGAAAAAGAAACAGCCAGCGAGUAAUGGAGGUUACUGCCCACCUUCAAAACCUCUGCCCACCCUUCAUGAAACCGCAUCACUCAACACCAGACAAACCGAAAGGCCAUGGUGAACUGUGGCUGCAACGGAGAGCCGUGGAAUGUGAUCUCUUUUCUCUUACUCUCUAUGAUCUUCCUUCUUUUUUUGUCAUUAUUUGUGUAUUUGUGCCCCUACAACUAUGUUCUUAUGAUGUAUUGUGUGCUAGUGUAGAUGUGAAACCAUGAAAACCCUUACAUGACAACCUAUAUUCUCAGUUGAUUUCGUAGUAUUGCUGACAUGACUGAAAAAAAAAAAAAAAAAGCGGUUGAGAUUCAGCAUUCAUCUAUAACUCUGGAUAAAGGGUUUUUCCAAUCAGGUAGAAUGAAUUUUGCUGUAUCACAGUUUUAACUGAAUUGAACUGAUUGACUUUGUUUUUGUUUUGUUUUUGCUUCUAAUUGUCAGUAAAGCCACACAACAGAACUUUACCGUAUGAUAACUCCCUGAUUCAAAUUAUGAAAAUUAUUGGCAUCCAUUUUUUUUUAACUAUCCCUCUAAAAAUGAAUAACUUUUCUAGCGUCAAAUUGGCCCUUUUUAACCAUUCUUAAUCUUUAAACCAUCACUCUUGCUUGUAGGAGGGCAGACAAUCGUCAUCACCUGAGUGUGAAAUUGGACAUUUUUUAAUUGGUUUCCACAAUUUUUCCUUGAUAUUCAUUCAAAAGUUUAACUGACAUGCUCCCUCUUGUGGCUGAUUUUGGUGAACACAUUCCCUGUUUGACCUCAAGAACUCAGAGCUGUCCUCUUUCACGUGGUAGGUUAAGCAUAUGUCUGGUUCUUAUUACUUUUUUAACCUAGAGUUGACUCAAUAAAAUUGUUUAUCAAGGUCACGUGACUACA